AUGUCUAUCGCAACAAUCAACAAACCAAGCCUUGACUUCAUCGGCUCAAAUCUUUGGGCAGCCAAUGAUAAGGAUCAGUUUUCUCCAAUCGGAUUCGACAUUACGUUUCCCAGCAUGAUAAACAAUGCCAAAAAAUUUGACUUAGUACUACCUUUAGGCACUGCCAUGUACCUCAACAAAGAUUUGGAAAUCCAGAGGAAUCUAGCAUACAUUGCCGAAGGAUUUGGGGAAUCGUGUCACUGGAACGAGAUAGCUUGGCUACUAAAGGCACCACGCUUUUUUCUCAUGCCAAAAACUAAGCUAUAG